CUCUUCCUUUGUUUUCGCAUUUCCAAGUGCAUUUCAACAUUUUUUCCCUUAAAAUCCUUCAAAAUCCGCGUAAUAUGAGCAAAAAAUCGUCGCUGUAAUGUUUCACAAGUGUGCCAUACGAUGGAGCAACAUCUCAAAAAUCAGUCACAUUUCGAGAAAUCAACGAAGGACGUUUUGCAGCAACAAAAACCUCGACAUCAAGCCAUCCGACGAAGGACCCAUCAGCAUUUAUAACAUCAAAAAAACCCUCAAAGCCGGAAAUUAUGGAGCGGAAAUGCUCGAGGGCUUCACGUGUCUCAAAACGCAUUGUCCUGUGUGCGAUUUCGACAAACCGGCAAAAGAAAGUGAAAAAAUCCCCGUUUUCAUCAACAAAACCACGGGAAAUUUCAUUUGUGCCAAAUGUCAGCACGUUACCCAAUGGAGUUUGGUUGAAAAGUUUUUCCAAUCGACCGCGAGGGCAGCAAAAAAUCGCAAAGAUCUGAAACAAUUUCAAGAUUUAUUUUUGGCGGCGAAAAAUCCUGUAGCUCCAACGCCCGUUUUACCUCAAAAUGUAACGUUAGUCAAAGAAAUGGACGACGAAAUGUAUAAAAAUUUACAAAACGACUUAGGAUUAGAAUUAAUUACACAAAGUUCCUUCAAAAACAUCUCCGUUAGUUACGAUAGUGCCAAAAAACGCCUUUAUUUCCCAGUUACCGAUGUAAAUUCUGAAGUUAUAGCUUAUAAGAUCCUGAAAAAAGGAAGAAAUGGCGGUUUUGAGGAAGAAAUGCUCGGAGAAAAGUCUCGUUAUGGGAUUGUACUUGCCAAAAAUCCUCAUGCGAAAGCCAGAUUAAGCAAUUCUGCGAUUUUAGUAUUAAAUUUAAUGGAUUUUUUAGCUUUAGGGACUCAAAAAAUCAAUUCUGACGUCAUUUGCCUACCCGAAGGACUGAAAUCGUUACCUCAAGAGUCCCUUCCGUGCCUCGAACGCUACGAGAAGCUCAUUUUAUGGUUCAAUUAUGACACUGCUGGUUGGGAUAUCGCUCGAAAUUUCGCCAAAAAGCUCGAAGAGAAGCGUUGUCACUUUGUUCGACCCACAGAUUCGCAUCCAACGCCCUACAAAGCUCUUUUGCAAGACCUCGAACUGCGCGGAAUCGUCAAUAAAGCUGAACCAAUAUUGCAUAAAGCUAUUACGACGUUUACUUCGUUGCGACAAGAUGUUUUGUGUGACUUGCAGAACAUCGAUAAAGUGCAGGGCGUGAAAUGGCAACGAUUUCCGGCGUUAAAUAAAUUUCUCAAAGGACAUCGCAAGGGAGAAUUGACAGUUUUAACGGGACCCACAGGUUGCGGCAAGACAACUUUCAUGUCGGAAUACUCUCUGGACUUGGCGCUUCAAGGCGUUACGACGUUAUGGGGCUCUUUUGAGAUCAGAAACACUCGUCUUGCAUCGACUUUGCUCCGACAACUCGCUGGAAUGCCCUUGGAUGAGAAUUUGCAGCUUUUUGAUCAUUACGCUGAUGAAUUUGAGAAACUUCCGCUUUAUUUCAUGACGUUCCACGGGCAGCAGGCGAUCAAAGUUGUCAUGGAAGCGAUCGAACAUGCGCAAUAUGUGCACGAUAUUCAUCACGUCAUCAUCGAUAACUUGCAAUUUAUGAUGGGAAUGGGCGACGAAGGCAAACACAUGGAUCGUUAUUGGAAGCAGGACUCAAUUGUGGCGGCUUUUCGAACGUUUGCGACAAAGACAAAUUGCCAUGUGACUCUCGUUAUUCAUCCGCGCAAAGAAAAAGAUGCGGAAGAUUUAACGACAGCGUCGAUUUUCGGAGGCGCAAAGGCUUCGCAGGAGGCAGACAAUGUACUUAUCAUACAAGAUAAACGCUUGACCUCGGUGAGGGGAAAGAAAUUCUUGCAAAUUGCGAAAAAUCGGUUCAGUGGCGAUUUAGGGAUUAUGCCGAUGGACUUUGAUAAGGAGGGUUUGAGUUAUGCGCCGAAAAAGAAAGCAAAAGAGACAAAACCAAAUAGUGAGGAAGAACAAACAGGAAUAGAAUCGUAGUUUUUUUAGGAUUUUUUUAGUUUUUAGCGUAGAAUUUAGGGACAAAAGUUCAAUAUUUGAUAAGAGAAAAAUAUAUUUUUUCAACGA